GGUGCCGCGUUGUAGACGAAACGGAAGCUGACUCAAAUAUGGCGGCACCUUUACCGCCUGAAGUCGUUCGGGGCCAAGCAUUCGAUGUAGGACCUCGCUAUACGAAUCUCAGUUACAUAGGAGAAGGGGCUUAUGGAAUGGUUUGUUCAGCGCUGGACAAUGCCACAGGACAGAGAGUGGCUAUCAAGAAAAUCAGUCCUUUCGAGCAUCAGACGUACUGUCAACGGACAUUGCGAGAGAUUAAGAUAUUACGUCGAUUUAAACACGAGAAUAUCAUCGGAAUAAUGGAUAUAAUCCGCGCUCCAAACAUUGAUGACAUGAAAGAUGUCUACAUUGUUCAGAGCCUGAUGGAAACAGACCUGUAUAAGUUACUCAAGACACAGAAAUUGAGCAAUGACCACAUUUGCUACUUCCUAUACCAGAUCUUGCGUGGACUAAAGUACAUCCACUCAGCCAAUGUGCUUCACAGGGAUUUGAAACCAAGUAAUCUCUUGCUGAACACAACAUGUGAUCUCAAGAUCUGUGACUUUGGCCUGGCCCGUGUAGCUGAUCCUGAACAUGAUCACACUGGAUUUUUGACUGAGUAUGUUGCAACAAGGUGGUACAGAGCUCCUGAGAUCAUGUUGAACUCCAAAGGUUACAGCAAGGCUAUUGACAUCUGGUCUGUGGGCUGCAUUCUUGCAGAGAUGUUGUCAAAUCGCCCUCUGUUUCCAGGAAAGCAUUACUUAGAUCAGUUGAACCGCAUUCUUGAAGUUUUGGGGUCCCCAUCACAGGAAGAUUUGCAGUGUAUUAUGAAUGAAAAGGCACGUAGUUACAUCCAGUCAUUAGCCUUUAAACCAAGAGUUCCAUGGCAAAGAUAUUUCCCUGUUGCUGAUAACAAAGCUAUAGAACUGUUAGAUAAGAUGUUAACUUUCAAUCCCGACAAACGGAUCACAAUAGAGGAAGCUCUGGCUCAUCCUUACCUUGAGCAGUACUAUGACCCACAAGAUGAGCCUGUGGCCGAGGAGCCAUUUAGAUUUGAAACUGAGCUGGAUGAUCUUCCCAAAGAAAAACUUAAAGAACUUAUUUUUAUUGAGACUGCUAGCUAUCCUGGGUCACCCUACCUUGGUGACUUUCACCAUGGCCAACAGUGAGGCAUAGAAUGUGAUAUUUGAAGAGGAAGACUUCUAUAAAUCAACCUGUACAACAACCUAAGAAGUGAAAACUGUGAAAUUUUAUUGUAAAAUUUAUACAUGUAGUUUUUCAUGAAGAUUAGAAGGUGUGUGACAUGGAGUAUGUUCACAAUCACUCCUUUGUCAGAAACUUUGCAUUCAUAUCUCUGUAAUAUAUUAACAGUGAUUUUUUUUGCCUAAUUUUGUAGUAUCAUGUAAAGAUGAUUAUUGCCUUCCUUUUGCUCUAGCAUGGCUUGCAAGAUGGGUUCCUUAGUUUCAUUCAAUCCUUGUUUGGUGGCCCUUGAGAAACUUGAGAGAGGGAAACAACUUAGGGUUUUUUCGGGAGUGAAUGAAAACAAACCCACCUUUGUUUAUGUACUGUCCAGUCUAUGCUUAAAUUGUUGUGGUAUUUAUGAGCUUUAUUACCUUUUCGUUGUGGGUACAAUAUAAACGUCUCAAUUUAAUCAACACUGUUCAUCUGAUUUGUGUCUGAAUUGUUUGCAUUCAGUGUACUAUCUAAAGGUUAAUUCAGACUAAAGUGUAUUGGUAAUGAGAACCAGGAAAGCGACAGACACUAAACACCAAUUGCAUUAAAAUUAUCAUUUUAGGGGAACUUUUUUGUCCUUAUUGGUUAUGUUGAAUUUUUUAGAUGACUGACUUGCAAUAUUAUUUAAAGUGUAAUAAUCUCAUUUUGUUUGUGUUGUUGCCCUUUUUCCAUAUUGUACCUUUCUGGUUCAUGUUGCGGACAGCAACUAAAGAUUGAAUCUCUAAAAACCUUAUGUACAUGUACCAGAAAUCAUAAUCAUAUGGGGGUUAAAAUUAACUUUCAUCCCAGAACAAAACUUUUUUUUUUUUUUUUUAAGAGAAAUUCCCCAUAAUAUUUUGGUUCUUCUUCAUGACUUCUCUAGAUCUCAAUGAAAUAAUUGUUACAAAGCCUGCCUUUGUUUCGACAUGUUUUUUCUAAAGUUGUUACUGUAGCUCUGUGCCUUGUCAAUCAAGGGUUAAUCUGCCAAUUUCUGUCCCUUUUUUUCGCAAAAUAUCGGUUUAAUGGCACUCAAUUGAUUCUGAUCCCAAAGGUUGAGCUGCACAUGUUGAUAAUCAUAGUAAAUUUGAACUAAACUAGUAGUAAUAUGAAGUAGAUGUUAAAGACCUUUAAUUAUGUAGUAUUCAAAGUACAGUAGUUAUUGAUAACAGACUUCUGGCGAUAGAUAAUAAAUUCAGUGAUAUGAUUAUUUAA